AUACUCUUCUUCUACAUUGUAUUUCUAUGUGAUCCUGUCGUCGGAACAGCAAUUGGACUCGCUUUACGAAGUCUUAAUGUUGGUUCUGCCCACACACAAUGGAUUUCGAAGAGGUUCAAACCCCAGAUGGGGUUCUAAAAGCCCUGUUUCAUCACAUUGCACUACCUGCGAUGCUACCACGAGGGUCUGAGUCUAAUACUGAGGAUAUCGAGCGCGGGAUUCUGGACCGUCUAAUAAUUGCGGCCAAACUCAUGGAGAGCAUUGUAGAUAGCACCCAUUGGCAAAUCUGGAACUCGGUCAGGCGCUCACUCCUAGCUUGCAAAGCCCUGAAUAUUGGUGGAAAGUUGGAAAGAACCCAUCUCACCUCGUAUCUCAAAGAACUUCGAGACUCUGAGCUUGUCAUACUUCACGUGGGGGCUCAAAAUGCAGGACUUCUCAUUUAUAAACCCACAGACCCCGAGUUCAGUGGCAACAUUCUUUUCGAGGCGUUCGAGGCAUCGCCUCGACGCGAAUCAGUCCUGGCAUCUCAAACCCUGUCAUGGACAUUCCCUGGCACUGCUGUGUUAAUACCUUCCUCGGUAUUCUAUAGUGAUACGUUUCUUGAAAGCCUCUCGGCCUUUCUCGAGCAGGCCUCAGUUGAGUCUACUCAGAAAUUUUCCGAAUAUGGUAGAAAGGCAGGACACGAAAUAGCAGAGGAUAGAGGAACUUCGGAUCCGGCUCUGGUCACAUCUCUUCUCACUGCGAUACUUGAGGCGAACGGGAAGCGCAUUUCUCCUACGCUUCUUCAGAAAAGGGUCAGAGAUGACGUGUGCUGGUUCAGUAGCGCACUGCCCUGGCGAAGGUUGCCUUAUUGGCUUGUGCUUCGGGUCGCCAUCUCGCGUUACCUAGCAAUGAUGCUUGGUGGAGCCCAUGGUAGAAUCCACUACAAGUUUCUGAUGUGUGUUAUUCAUGGUAUGAUACUUGAUGAUACUCGAGAUAUCAUUCCUUUGGAAGACCAAGCCUUUCUUAAGGCUAAACUUUGCCGUCGUCUCUUUAAGCUUGAUCGGGACCGUCUCGAGCAACCCCAAGCCGUUCAAAAUUCCUACUCGUUGUUAGCCACAGCUUUAACGCCCCGGUUUAAUAGAGUAAUUGAUGCUACAGCAGCAAGGAUCAAUAGCGCUUGGGAGCAGGAGAAGCGAAACACGACCAGGCCCAUACUCCCGUUGCCUCGGGAAGCAAAUAGACACCAGCAACGCUUGAGUCUGACUUCAAGUCGCCCAUAUCUGGAUAAGGCUCGCAAAAGAUUCCAAGCAGCCAUUCCACGUAGGGCAUCUCCAUCUCGUAUAACGCCGCAACAGCCUAAGGUGCACAUCCAAGCCUUUGGGAGCAAGCUCUUUGGACUAUUUAACGAAGAGAAGGAACUCCAGGCUGCUUCUGCUAAUAUGUCCACAUCCUCUUUAAGUCUGUCAGCAAAGGUCCGACAGCUUUACAAGGGGAUUCUUAAAUAUAUCGACCAAAUUGACGGUUAUUACGAGAAUAACGCAGAACAGAAGAGUAUUAUGCUGCUUACGCUACUGGAGACGUGGAUGUCGCUUGACGAAGCGGCGUGUUCCAUGUUCCCACUUUUGAAUCAUUUUCACCCAGCCUUUACUUCACGAUUGAUAGAAAUACUCCGAUUUCCACUCCUGUCUGAUAUCUCGCGAGCUAGGGAAGUGGAGUCAUAUAUACAAGAUCGAAUUUCUAAAUCUAAAACACGGGCUACGCUUUUUGAUGAUCCGUGUAAAGGAUGCUUCGCGGAAAGAUACUUCGAUGAAUCUCCCGGCUCCGAUGCGCUCACAAACAUACUUUCCGAAAUACAAUCAGACUCCAUGAAAAGAAGAGAGGAGAAAGAAGAGGAGUGGAGGAAUUUGAGUGCUGAAUAUGAGAAACUGACAAGAGAAUACGAGUCUUCAACAUGCUUCUAUGUCGAAUCACGAGAUGGCUUCCAUUUAGAGCACGAACCUCAUUACUGUCCAAAAUGUCAACUUGAUAAAAGGAGAUCUCGUAUGGUGAUCAAAGCUUUCGAAUCGCCAUUACCCGAAAACCCUGUCAUGGCAAAGGCCGUAGUAUUUGAGCUCAGGUGUCCCGAAGCUCUUGCUCAAUAUCGCGACGCCACGUGGGCAAUCUUGUAUCGCAUCGCAAGGCAAACACAGGAGUCGGGCGUCGAACCGAAGCUAUGCCUUCAGGAUUAUUCGGGGCUACAGCUGUAUGCAAAGGUUCCUGGACACAUAACCCUUGCGUCAACGACCAAAUCCUUUCUGAUGACUCAUUACAAGGAGAGGAAGAAGUUCCCAGUUGACCUUGAUCAAGUUUGCCUUCCAAACGGUCUCAAGCUUGCAUACUUUGACCAGGCUACUCAUUCUUGGCCCGGUCGCAGAGAAAUUCAUCCAACCUUCGAGCACCAUUGUAAGCUAACACUGCCCAAAGGCUCGCCAUUUUCACCACUUCUCGAGUCUCAAAGCUUCAACGCCUAUGGCAAUGGGCCAACUUCUUAUGAGAUUGCGGCGUCUCAUUCAUCCUGUCCUUCCGCCCUAAGUAUACACGAGUACAUGGCCUUCCAAUUCCUCCUAUCCGGAAAACGUCGUCGGUGGAUGGCUCUUCUAGCAGAGCUUGGGUCUUCAAAUCUCAAUAUUUCUACAGAAACGACUGUGCUUUUAUUUGACCACUUAGCACAUCAGAUUGGCCCCUCGGACAAGCACCAAGCGAUUCUUGGAACUGUGCACUAUAUUUUUCGAGAUACCUCUUUCUGUGAAAAUUUACUUCAACAACUCCGAAUAAAGUUGGAAGCCGUUGCUUCCAAUUGGCGUGAAACUCACCUUAUGGAGAUCGUCAUCAUGUUAGCGCUGAGAGUACUCGCGUUUACAACACCUUUUACAGAUACAAACUACUUGGCGUCAAAAGCACUAUUACUCCUUUCUGAAGCGAGACAAGUAACUUUCCAAUGGGUCAGAAUGCUACGGAAGGAAAUGUAUUGUGCCAGCGACCUUAGUAACGCACAGAACUGUCAGUCAUAUCUACUGUGGGCCGCUAUCCUCUGCAAGAGAACAUUUGCUAUUUUCCAGAUGUCAACUGAGGAUCUCAAUAAGGAUGAACUUUCUACAUUUUUAGAAUGUAGUGCAACAGUCUACGACAAUAUUCCGGACAAUAUUUCCUCCCUCGGGCAAAUAAUGAAGAACUCAUUCGUUCGUGAUUUGAGAAUGAUGUACGAGCUGAAGGAUAAGAUAAGGAGGUCCAUAGAGCUUCAUGGACAUGAUGCUCUUCUUGCCACGUUACAGGUCUUAUGGCCGGCUGCUGAAUCGAAGCACAUAUAUAACGUCAGCCUGCAAGCUGAUAACUGGCUUCAAGUUGAAUUAGUUGAUCAACAUGGGUUUGAAAUUGUGAGCUAUAACUACCUUUUCGGCAUCUUGCUAGUAAAUGGCCAGCCACUUGGUAGACUUCCAGCAGAUCCCGAGAGCACCAUUAUACUCGAGGAACUAUUUGGGAGCCAGACUAGUCUCAUGAAGUUCCCAUCAUCCAUUCCAGGAAUGACGCACGUCUUGGCCUUCAAAAAAGGCGGAUACCAUACUCAUAUAGGGUACGAUGAAGGAGAGACCAUAAUCCGUGCCAUUAAAGGCUCACAAGUUUUGGAACUCGUCCCAAGAAAGAUAUUUCGCGAUGGAAAUUCUUUCGACCUUCCCGCACAUCUUAUUGAUAAUUGCAUUCAUUGGCUUGACCCGAUAUCUGGCAUCAUCGAAAUCAGGCCAAAGUCAAAAAAUAUUUGGCGCUCGCACCCACAUAACUGGAGAUUGGAUGUUACAACUUCGAUAUGUACACGAUUUACACCCACUCGAAGAAUCAAAGAAACCCUGGUGGACCCCUACAGUCCACUGUUCGUGCGCGUGUCGAAGAUGUUCGCAUGGUUUGAGCACGCGAUGCAUUUAACCAUCUACCAACCUGGCGGCGGUCAUGCGCUCACCGUAGAAAUGCCUCGCAUGCAAUUGAAAUGGUUCGUAAACAAAAACAAUUUAUUGCAGUCACCACACCUACAGGCCGAGAUAGAUCCCUGCCAAUCCAUCGACACAUGGUAUGGAUUCGACAGCAAACUUGUUUGCCGCAGCCUGAAGGACCCUCUAGAGCGUUUUGUACUCGUCCCGCUAGGCGUUCUGAGGGCAAGAAAAAGGGGCUGCCAUAUUCAAGUAUGCGUGCAAUUGCACAAUAUGCCAACAGCCGUAUAUCUCCGCUUCAUGGUUAACAAAACACUUGGCCGUAUAGAGUCUGCGGCUGAGCCCGCAUUAGUAUACAAGAAGGCAGAAAUACAUGCACUCACAUCUUUCAUCCUCCCAGAUCCCUUAACAGGUCUAACAGGAGUUGAAAGCUCUCUGGCGAUUUUAACUUCUGGGAUCUCCCAGCCAUGGUCACCUUUGACGGUCCUCCCGACUAAUAUUUUACAUUCCAUUUCGAACCUUUCACCUCAUCGAGAAUACUACCCUCCAGACAUAAAAGUAAUGAAGAAGGAGAUGUGGGAUCACCAUUUACCUACGAUGAUUCAGCGGGAUGAGUUUCGCAUAAUCGUUUCCCAGAUCAUCUCACAGUCAGACAGGCUAGCAACAUUCCACCCUCAUAGGGCAGAGGAUCUUCAGAGUCCUGAGAUGCCGGAAUUGCCUUCGUCCGGCGACCAUGACUUAAACCUACGUAGUCUGCACCGCCGACGACUGUAUGAGAGGCGUUCCAACUAUGAAUUGCCAUUCAAUUAUCCCGACGAUACGGCUUACGAAGCUAGGCAUAAUCCUCAUGCUGCAAGUUUGCGUUACUCGAAUGUCCUCGAAGCGCUCUAUAUAGUCCGCGACAAACCUGCAACUAUGUCCACAGUGGAAGAUCUUGCAUUGAAUCUAUCGCAAUCACUUCAUAUCAAGGGUUAUAAGCAGAUUCUAGAAAAGAUAACACUUCAAGAACGUCUUAAUACUGAUGUACGCCGCGAAUGGGGUCCAUUAGUUGAUGUAGUGAAAGAAAUGCGCGACCAGCACAGGCUCAUGUUCUUCAUAGGCAUAAUAUCAUUUCGGUCAGAUGCGAACAUGCCUCUAAUAAGAACUCUCAUUGCAUUUUCAUAUUGGGACCAGCUCCAGUCCUUAGAUCUACCUGACCAUGCGGAAUACCACAGUUUCCGACCUCGUCAGAUACCACAGCUUGACGUUCUGGUCAAGCUUAUUGAACCAUUCCAAGUGCCGCCACCAGAGGAUCCGCCUUUAAUAGAGUUUGCAAGCAGUAAGGGUCAAAGGAAGCUCUGGCAAGCCAAGGCGGCCCAUGCUCGCAAAGCGAAAGAAGAUUGCGAAAAGCUCGCGAAAUCUCUAAUGUCAAAGUGGCCUACCCUAACUCCGAGUGCAAAUGUCGGCGACGUACAUCUGGUGGACAUACCCGCUGCUUUAGAAAAGCUGGAGCCUGAGUGGGAGAUGUUAUACCAUAAUCAUGAGUUCUAUAACCACCUCCAAGAAGUUCAGAAGGUUUUAUGCCAGAGACAUUCAGACGCAAGGUUCCAAAGGGCAGACUUCAUAUCAUCUGAGACAUCAUACGCUAUCCAACAACCGGGCUACACACUACCUGGACUUGGAAAUGAUCUAAUGAAGAUGCCUAUUAACAAAGCUAGAGAGCACCCCGAAAACCCUUCAUAUGAUUUCAAAGGGCACAAAACACAACUUGAAGUACCUUCGUAUGGUAGUCUUCAAGAUUCCGGGGCUUCGUAUGAGUUGGGUCAGAUUAUCGAAACAUUUUCCAAAUCAAAAUCAAUCAUCCAGCAGAGAUAUGCCAGCGAUCUAAAAGAAAGUCUAAAUGCGUUUCAUACCCGUAGAAUACCGACUGCGCCGCGCUUAGCAUCGUCUUCCCACAAUGAGUAUACAUUAUCUUAUCUUCAGGAAAAUGUAAAAAGAUGCCUCGGGGACAUUAAAUCAGCUAUAGAGAUGCCGAGUGAUAAUUACUCCAGGAGGCAGAUUUGGUGGCUCCAACAGGGACAAUUGUGGCCUGCUAUUACUCCAAUCACUAUACUCGAACAGCUGCGAACAACCACGAAGCGCCUAUUUGGAAGUGGCACGAAGGAAUGGAUUCUUCACUUUGCCUUAUCAAUUACAAACUUGCAACGAAAGAUGCGAAUGCAAUCGUAUCAGCUUUCGAAAGAAAACGCUCGCUACGAAGAAGAGAGACAAAACAUGGGGCAUCGUAACUGGCGCGUCGAGGAGUACCCUGACUGGCUAUUGUUGGAGGUUGAAUCUAACCUACUCAUUCGUGAAACUCAGGUCGAAGUUGCGUUGGCAAUAAUCGCACCGGAGUCUCAAGCAAAUAGUGUUCUUCAGUUAAACAUGGGCCAAGGCAAGACAUCUUGUAUCAUCCCAAUGGUUGCAGUGCUACUCGCCGAUAGCAAGAACCUUGUGCGAGUUUCCGUACCUAAAGCUCUUCUACAUCAAACAGCACAGCUACUCCAUGGGCGCUUAGGUGGCCUUGUAGGUAGAGAAAUCAGUCACGUACCAUUUUCUCGAAAAACACCAACAAAGGAGGAUCAUAUUAAGCUAUUCCAUAGGAUACAUCGCGACAUUCAGAGAAAACGUGGGGUGAUGCUUUGCCUUCCCGAGCACCAAAUGUCAUUUAUGCUAAGCGGCCUUCAGCGGGUUCUAGAUCAACGGAUUCCCGAAGCUAGUAUGAUGGUUCGCGUGCAAAAGUGGUUACAAUCAUGUGCCCGGGACAUACUGGAUGAGAGUGACCAUACAUUAGCGGUGAAGACACAACUGAUCUACCCAUCUGGGUCGCAAAUGUCUGUCGAUGGGCAUCCACAUCGUUGGGUUGUAGUCGAGCAGAUUUUGGCCCUGAUGGAUAUGCAUCUAUACGAUCUUGCGACCUGUUUUCCGCAAUCAAUCGAAGUGGUAAGACGUUCGCAAGGGGGGUUCCCUUUUGUUUUCUUCCUCCGGCCAGAUGUUGAGGAGGAAAUGAUCAAGCGGCUCAAGUUCGAUGUUUGCCGUGGUACCAGAGGUAUUCUACCAAUAGACACAAUCGACCCGGCCGAUCGUCUAGCCAUCAAAGAGUUUCUCUCUGGCGGCAAGGUUCGUCCUUCCAGCUUAGAUCGCAUCAGCCGUUUAUACCCAGAUCGUCCACAUAUCCGGCAGACAGUAUAUCUACUACGAGGACUUUUUGUCCAUCGCAUUCUAAUUAUGGCACUCAAAAAACGAUACGGAGUCCAAUAUGGGUUGCACCCUUCCAGGGACCCAGUGGCGGUUCCUUUCCACGCCAAGGGGGUUCCAAGCGAGCAAUCGGAAUUUGGACAUGUCGAUGUGGCCAUUCUAUUAACUGUAUUGGCCUUUUAUUACCGCGGUAUUAAUCUGUCACAAACCCGCCAAGCCCUAGAAGCUGUCUUAAAAUCAGACGAUCCCGCUUCUGAAUACGAUAAAUGGACUGAAGAUGAGGGUUUCCCGGAUUAUUUGAGGGACUGGCACUCGAUCAACGUUGACGACUCUCAGCAAAUAAGCCAGAUUUGGAGUUGUGUUCGGUUCAAAGUUCCCGUGAUCGACUACUUUAUGAACAAUUUUGUUUUCCCACCGCAUGCGAAACAAUUCAGACUUCGGUUGCAGUCGAAUGGGUGGGACAUCCCUCUUUUCUCCCACGCACAAUCUGAUACAUCAGCCAAGAAUACGUCGUUAAGCAAGUCACGAGGACUUACAACUGGUUUCUCCGGCACAAACGACAUCAAGUCACUUCUACCUCUUACUAUUAAACAAGACGACUUACCCUCGUUGUCGCAUACAAAUGCAGAAGUACUCACUUAUCUCCUGCAGCAACGGUCAAGGAAGUAUGUCGUUAUGGCUGAUCAUAACCAUAAGCGUCUCAGCGAGAUCGCAUUCUUGUAUAUGCUUAAAAAGUUCGAUACUGGCAUACGUAUCUUGAUCGAUGCUGGAGCGCAGAUCCUCGAACAAUCCAACAAGGAGUUAGCCGAGAACUGGCUAAAAAUAGAUGGAAGGGCAGAUGCUGCACUCUAUUUCGAUGGAGAUAGCCCAUUCAUCCUUUCUAAGCAGAAUACGAGGACCCCGUUACUUGCCUCGCCCUAUGCAGACAACCUUGAUAAGGUACUUGUAUAUCUUGAUGAGGCUCAUACACGGGGAACUGACCUCAAGUUCGGUCCGAAAGCUCGCGCUGCUCUAACCCUUGGCUUAGGCCAGACGAAAGACCAUACUGUGCAAGCUGCAAUGCGAUUAAGACAACUCGGAACUACACAGUCUGUUACAUUUUUUGCGCCCCCUGAAGUGAAUCAGAAUAUUCGAGACCUGUGUAAUAAAAGGGAUGGUGAGCGUGUAGAUUCAUACGACGUGAUCCGUUGGCUUAUCAACAACACCUGUGAUGGAAUUGAGCAACUGCAGCCCCUAUUCUACUCCCAAGGAACGGAUUUCUGUAACCGGAUACAAGCGGCGGAAGAUUUUCCAGACUUCCUAGUUAAUGACGAGGAUAGGACAGCGUUUAUUGAUGCUAUUAAACAUAAGGAACGACAAACCUUGCAGCAGCUUUACGGCGCCCAACCUAGAUCAAAGACAAAUGCAUCCACAAAAUCAAAUGCCAAAAUUGCAAGCUUCGUUAAGGAACUCGAAUCCCGCAAGAAAAACUUCCAGGAUACUGGCCAGGCUGUUCAUGCUUCGGCCCUGCAAGAGGUUGAACAGGAGCGAGAGACCGAGAUUGAGGUUGAGGCGGUACGCCAAGUCAAAAAGCCCAUGUCGUACACGCCUCUCAAAUUCCCUGGGCUCCACAGGGACCUAGAGACUUUUGCCAGAACGGCCAGGAUUCCUGCCGGGUCAGAUAUUUUCGUCCAUGUCAUGAGAGCUCUUACGAGGACUGCGCUUGGCAGGAAGCAUAAGGUUAACCACGAAGUCAGCUCCUCUCAGCUAUUUGUUUCUAGCGAAUUCGAACGGACGGUUAAGUUAGUCUUUGAAGCGGCGAACGACAAUUUCUUGCGCCCUGUCCAGUGGGUUCUUUACGCGACUUCUCCAGAAGCAGCCAUCAUUGUCACGCCUGAGGAAGCCGAACACUUAAUCCAGAUCAUCCAAGACGCCGAGAAAGAGAAACAGGGAUGCCCAACUCGUCUUCUAACAUAUGCAGCCCCUGUUACUCGACGAAUGAUGCAUUUCAAUAAGCUAAACUUCUAUUCUAUGCCCCCUCUUCCUCCGGACUGGAAGCCCUCGGAAUGGCUCACUACUGAACUUGGAUUCUUCGCCGGAAGGCUGUACUUCGAGUUCUCCGAGUACGAUAGUAUCUGUAGGAUGCUUGGCAUAGAUGUAUCUAAGCCUGGGAUUGAUGAGUUUGACAGCUCAGAAACGGAUACCACCGAGCAACAGACAACCUCCACCACUGAGAGGUCCAGCGUAGCGACGUCUCCAAGCUCAAACGAAGUACACGAAGCUGUCGAAGUUCCGCUAAAUGAGAAGCCGUUAAAGACCAAGCGCUUCACUUCAACUCUUACAUCAAAGCCUUACACGUUCACUCAGGAAUACUUGGCUGUUCGGCGACGCGGGCAGGACUUUACGCAUACGCCCAUGGGUUUCUUGAGCAGUGGAAAGCCAUUAACCGAAGAGAGUCCUUUCUUCCGUCGUGCGGAUACUAUUCGACGUAGUCUGGGCUUAGUACCUGUAGGAACAGUCCAAGCCGACGACGAAGAGGUAGAUGUAGCCGAAGACAUGAUGGAUCUAGGAAACUACGAUCCUUCAGCAGAGGUUCAAGAUGAUGAAGAGCACAUCACAAUAGAAUAUGAGGAGUCUGAAUUACACCCCGUGGACGAGGAUGAAGAAGACUCUAGCACUGAGUCUCAGUCUCCUGGAAAUAUUGAUAGGCAGCGGCCUAAGCAGAAGUCCAAACGAGGUGGAUUUACCGUAAGAUAGGUUGAGGAAAUUAUGAUGUAAUUUCCUUCAAAGUUUGCUUGGCCUGUUAAGUUUUCGUUAUGUUGAUAGGAAAGAAAAUGUGGCUAUUAGCUUAUGUGUAUGUAGGACUGAUUGUGUCCCUGUUUCCUUCUCAAAUUUACAUGUUGCUACUCGACCUAGUUCCUUCGUAUUCAACUUCCCGGAGC